UGACAGAACGAUGGUGUCGUGGGCGGAAAUCGGUAUCGUGAUCGUGGCAGGCGGAUACCUCAUCGGUCGAAAGGAGCUACCUCGCAUGGCCAAGAUGGGUGGAAGGUAUGUCGGUCGGACCGUCGGAGCGGUCCUGCGUGCGAAGAACGAGUACUUUGAAGCAACCAAGAACAGCGAUUUGGUCAAGAUGCAAUCCGAGCUGCAGAAGGGAUUGGACGAACUGAAUCAAAUCCGAUCGGAAAUGACGACCAUCAGCAGCAUGAAACGACCCUAUCGACCCGUGUCGACCCCGGCGAAUCGCCCGCCAGCGACUGCCUCGCCCUUGGUGGCAGCCUCGGACGCUGCCGCCGCACUCUCCAGCACAUACACCCCUCCUGCAUCAUCCCCUUCCUCCAUCUCAAGCCCAUCGUCCAUCCAAGCGGCCACGAUUUCCCAGGACUACCUCGCCCACCAGUCGUUCGAGGACUUGAUCCAAUCGGCAGAAGACCAAGAGCAAGCGCGGCUGGCCAUGGCGGAGAUCAACAUGGCCCACGAACAAAAGUUUGCCUCUCGCAUCGAAAGUGUCGAAGGUGGCGCCGAUUACGUGGCAUCCAGCCUGAUGGACAGCAUUUUGCUGCAACGACGAGUCUAACAUACAGUAACUACACGAAACUUCAAUGUACCGUUCACUUAUUACACAAAGAAAGAAACUAAAGCCC